AUGACUUAUUUCUACCAUGCUUAUUCAGGGCACAUACCAAGUAAUGUUAGCAUUGCCACAGGUGAUACAAGAACAGAGAUGUCUGGCUGGUGGAAGAUGUCUAGAAAAAAAACAUCAGAAUGUUUCAGUAUUCUGUACUACCGUUAUGUCGCUGCCAUGAUGUUUGCAGUUGAUGAGAUAAACAGAAAUUCUCACCAUCUACUAAACCAUACACUGGGAUAUGUGAUGUAUGAUUCAUGCUAUGCAGAAAUAAGAGCCCUGGAGGUCACAAUGAGACUGCUAUCUGUGGAGAAGAUGGUUCCAAAUUACCAUUGUGGUGGUUAUUCAUGGCCCAUUGCCAUUAUUGGGGAUUCACCAUCGGCAUCUUCUCUUAUAAUGGCUAGGUUACUGGGAAUUUACAAAUACCCACAGAUCAGUUAUGGUUCAAUGCUACCUCUAUUGGGAGACAAGCAACAGUUUCCAUCUUUUCUUCGUACUACAAGCAAUUUCACUGUUCAGGUUGUUGGCAUCACUCAACUGAUGAAACAUUGUAGUUGGACAUGGAUUGGCAUUCUAGCCUCUGAUAAUGACAUCGGCAGAGAAGGCAGUCAAGAUCUUUUGUUGGAGCUUGCUAAAAGAGGCAUCUGUGUAGCUUUUCAAGAAGUAAUGCCUGCUUACAAAUCUGAAAGCACACUACAUAAGAUUGUUUCAAAGAUCAAGGUAUCAUUGGUGAAAGUGAUAAUUGUCUAUUCUACACAAUUGCACCUUGUACCAUUAAUGGAAGAAGUCACAUUGCAGAACAUAAGUGAUAAAGUCUGGGUUGCCCCAUCUCACUGGGGAAAUUCUUUAGUAUUCCAUAUCAAGGACAACUGGAAGACAUUAAAUGGCACUUUAGGCUUCACAAAGAACAAUCCAGAAAUUCCUGGUUUCCAAAAUUUUGUACACAGCAUCAUUCCUUCUACCGUAACUAGUGAUAUAUUUCUGAAUCUUUUCUGGGAAGCAAUUUUUCAUUGUAAGUGGCUUACUGAGAACAUUAGCACUGUGUCAGUACAGGAAAACUUAGGAAGCACUACAUUUUGUACAGGUACUGAAAGCCUAAAAACAAUACAGACUUCAGUAUAUGAGUCCUAUAAUUUCCAAGAAGCAGUCAGCACAUACAAUGCAGUGUAUGCUGUAGCCCAUUCACUGCAUAAUCUGUUACUGUGUGAUUCUAAGGAUGUGACAUCAAAGAACGAAUCGUGUGCAAAUAUUACAAGCUUUCAGCCUUGGAAGCUUUUGAACUUUAUAAAGGGCGUCCAUUUUAUGAAUACAGCAGGCCAAGAGAUAUAUUUUGACAUGAAUGGUGAUAUGCCAACCCAGUAUGACAUCCAGAACUUUCAGUUUUUUCAGAAUGGAACAAGUCGAAUUAUAAAAGUAGGCUUCUUCAAGUCAUGGGCCCCAAAUGAUGAGCAGAUUCAAAUAGAUACAGCAGCCAUUUUGUGGAAUGAUGGUGCUACAAAGGUCCCACAAUCUGUGUGCAGUGAAAGCUGUGGCCCAGGAUAUAGAAAAUCCACUCGCAAGGGACAGGCCAUAUGCUGCUUUGAUUGCAUCCAGUGUUCUGAUGGGAAAAUGUCAAACCAAACAGACAGUAAUGACUGCAUAGAGUGUCCAGAUAAUGAAUGGCCAACCAGUGAACAAAGCAAAUGUGUUCAAAAAACUGUUGAGUUCUUGUCAUACAAGGAACCAUUUGGUGCAUCAUUGGCUGUUGUCAGUAUCUGCUCUUCUGCCAUCACUGCUUCUGUUUUCUGCAUCUUUAUCAGGUUUCGAGACACACCAGUCAUCAAGGCCAACAACCAGGACCUGAGUUAUCUGCUGUUGCUUUUGCUCUUCCUCUGCUUCCUCUGUUCCUUGUUAUUUAUUGGUCACCCAGAAACAGUAACCUGUGCAAUACAACAAGUUGCUUUUGGUUCCAUUUUUACUUUCAGUAUCUCCUGCAUAAUGGCUAAAACAAUCACAGUCAUUGUUGCUUUCACUGCUACCAACAACAACAGCUUCAUGAAAAAGUGGGUUGGGAUGAAAACACCAGGAUUAGUGAUCAUCUUAUGUUCCCUGGGCCAGAUUAUAAUAUGUACUGCCUGGUUAUCUACGCAGCCACCCUUUCCUAAUGACAAUAUUAAAAUAAAACCUGGAAAGAUUAUAGCUGAAUGCCAGGAGGGGUCAUCUGUAGCCUUUGCCUGCAUGCUGGGAUACAUGGGACUUUUGGCAAUGCUGUGUUUUCUACUGGCAUUCUUAGCAAGAAAACUACCAGAUACUUUUAAUGAAGCCCAAAUUAUCACCAUUAGUAUGUUCAUUUUUCUCAGUGUUUGGACGUCUUUCAUCCCUGCUUACCUGAGCACUCAAGGAAAGUACAUGGUUGCUGUGGAGGUAUUUGCUAUCUUGGCAUCAAGUGCUGGGUUACUGUGUUCAAUAUUUCUCCCGAAAUGCUACAUUAUAUUGCUAAGGCCUGAGAAGAACACUAGAAAACACAUAACUGGAAAAGCAAACAGCAGUGCAAAAUAA